GUGAACAAGAUAAAAUAAACAAAUUCCCUCACUUUUCACACUCACAGUUCCUACUUUCCAAUUUCCUUAAUAAUACAAACAAAAACAUACCAAACUAUUUUCCUCUGAAUUUCUCAUCUUUCCCUGCACCGAUCUGCCUUUACUUAGUUUCUACAUUUCCUUCUCUCUUUUAUUUUUUUCUCGAUUUUCUUGGUAGUUCACUGAGGUCCUUUUAUUAGUCAUUCGUUUUUUUUGUGUGUGUGGGGAAAGAAUUGGUACGCAUUUGAGAAGAAGCUGAAAUGGAAACUGGGUCGAACUCAGAUUCACUAGACAAGGCAGAGACUUCAAAUGGAAGAGGCAACAAGCUUGGUUCAAUGUUACCAAAGAUUGAACCUUUUGUGCCUAAAAAAGAUCAAAACCAUAACCCAAGAGAGUUAAGAUCUUGGGCUAAAAGAACCGGUUUCGUCUCUCACUUAUCUGGAGAAACCGGCACUGCUAGUUCUACUGAAAGAUUCGACAGUUCCACUGGGUUUCAUGUGGGAAAAAGUGGCCGUGAUCAAAGAGCAGGCGGGUCAUCUCCGAAAAUAGAGAUUGAUCCGGUUUUGGGCCGGACUAGACCCAAUAUGGGUGUUGAAAUUGAAAUGGAUUCAGGUUCUGGGUCCGGAUCCAGACAAGGAAGGAAGACAGUUGCAGAUGGGAAUGGUUUGGGAGAGAAAGUUGAGGAAAGGAAAGUUGGGUUAAACGGGAAUGGGGUGGAAAAUGGGAAUGGGAAUGGGAAAGGAAAUGGAGUUGCAAGUGUUACACCACUAGUUGUUGAAGAGAAGGAUGAGGAAGGAAAGGGUGGAAGGGAUGUGGAAAUUGGGAUGUAUCCAGAAGGUGAAGAGCAGGGUCAUGAAGGGGGGAAUGGUCAUCAUCCCGGGUUGAAGGUUGGGUUGAGAGAUAAUCCGGGUUUUGGAGCACUAAUAUAUUAUGGCCUGCAGCACUUUUUAUCAUUGGCGGGUUCGCUUAUAUUCAUUCCAUCAGUUAUGGUACCAGCCAUGGGCGGAACAGAUAAAGAUACUGCCAGUGUGAUUUCUACAAUGCUGCUAGUUUCUGGCAUUAGUACAAUUCUGCACUCCUACUUUGGCACCCGGCUUCCAUUAGUUCAAGGAAGUUCAUUCAUCUAUCUGGCACCAGCGCUAGUUAUCAUCAAUGCUCGGGAUUAUAGAAAUCUCACAGAACAUAAAUUCAGGCACAUAAUGAGAGAGCUGCAAGGAGCUAUUAUUGUUGGUUCAAUAUUCCAAAGUAUCUUAGGAUUCAGUGGAUUGAUGUCUCUUUUACUGAGAUGGAUUAACCCAGUUGUGGUUGCACCAACUGUUGCCGCUGUGGGUUUAGCAUUCUUUAGUUAUGGCUUUCCACAAGCUGGUAGUUGUAUAGAAGUCAGUGUUCCCUUGUUAUUGUUGGUUCUUAUAUGUACCCUGUAUCUUCGAGGAAUAUCCAUUUUUGGGCACCGAUUGUUUCGAAUAUAUGCAGUUCCUCUUAGUGUUACAAUCACAUGGAUAUAUGCAUUCUUUCUGACAGCCGGAGGAGCUUAUGAUUAUAAAGGAUGCAGUCCCGACAUUCCCAGUUCAAACAUUUUAGUUGAUGAGUGUAGAAAACAUGCAUAUACCAUGAAGCAUUGCAGAGCUGAUGCUUCAAAUGCAUGGAGAACUGCUGCAUGGGUCAGAAUUCCGUACCCUUUACAGUGGGGUGUCCCUAUCUUCCAUUUCCGGACGUCUUUGAUUAUGAUCAUUGUGUCACUUGUUGCUUCGGUAGAUUCGCAGGUCGGAACAUAUCACUCUGCCUCUUUGCUAGUCAGUUCGAAGCCUCCAACUCCUGGAGUAGUUAGCAGAGGCAUUGCUUUGGAAGGUUUCUGUAGCCUGCUUGCUGGAAUUUGGGGUUCGGGUACUGGCUCAACAACUUUGACAGAGAAUACACAUACGAUAAACAUAACAAAGAUGGCAAGCCGAAGAGCUUUGGUAUUUGGGGCACUUUUCUUGAUCCUCUUCUCAAUUGUAGGAAAAGUGGGUGCAAUUCUUGCUUCAAUACCACUGUCCUUGGCUGCUGCAAUUUUGUGCUUCAUGUGGGCCCUUGUUGUGGCUGUAGGCCUCUCAACCUUGCAAUACACGCAAACAGCAAGUUUUAGGAACAUAACCAUAGUUGGGGUGUCCUUGUUUCUUGGUUUAUCCAUUCCUACUUAUUUCCAACAGUACCAACCCGAGUCAAUUUUGAUGCUGCCAAGUUAUUUUGUUCCGUAUGCAGCUGCAUCAGAUGGACCAGUCCACACCAUUAAUGAACAACUUGAUUUUUCUAUAAAUGCACUCUUGUCUAUGAGCAUGGUGGUUACACUCUUGGUAGCAUUUGUACUCGACAACACAGUUCCAGGCAGCCGGGACGAACGAGGGGUGUACAUUUGGUCAUGUGCUGAAGAUGUCGCAACUGAUCCAUCCUUGCAAUUGGAUUACUCUCUGCCAGGAAAAUUUUCCUCACUUUGUUGUCGUUCUAGCUGUUUGCGGGCAUAAUACUCAGCAAAAGGUAGCUUGUUCUUCAACUUGAAGUUUCUUUCCGAAAAGGUAAGUUUUGUUACGGAAGGGCACUUCCUCAAUAGUACGCAUAACCAAGCUCGAAGAUGGUUUGGCUAAGUGAGAGAGAUACAAGUACAUGAUAAUUCUUUGGCAACAAUAGAAUUAGUAAUAGCAUCUUUGUAACUGAUUGUUUCUACUUGAAAAGAAGGUAAUAUUCUUUUAAUGAAAUGUUUUCCUGUAUCCAUUUUCCAA